UAGACGUCGGCCACGCGGCCCAGGCACACGGCCAGCGGCUUGGCCUCACUGCGGCCCUUGAGGCGAUACACGCAGCCCAGGGCCGCCGAGCAGCUCGCCGAGCAGGCCAGACCAUACAGCGUGUCGGUCGGGACCGCCACCACGGCGCCGGCGCGCAGCUCGGCCACGGCGGCCCGCAGCGCCUCGGUCCAACCGGAGCGCUCGGGGCUUGCGGCCUGCACGGCCCCGCUCCCCGGAAGCCGCAACAGCCGGGCCCCCGGGACUGCCGGAGCGGGCGCGGGCGGACGUAGAAGGAGGCAGCUGCGGCCAGAGCCCGCCGGCCCGUCGCUCAGCCCCAUGCCGGCCGCCACCGCGGCCCUCAGCCCCGCACACGGACGCGCAGUAGACAUCCGCCCAGACCCGCUUCCGGGAGGAAGUGACGCACGCGAUCAGCUUCCGGCCCCCGAGGCUCGGCCCCGCCUCCGCGCCGGGCAGCUUAAAGGGAACGCGACCCCCAGGCGACUUGAAGGAGACCGGUGGGGACGGGGCGGGGCGCAGCUUAGCGGAGCCCUCGCGCGGCGCCGGGGCGGGGGCGGCCGGCAGGGGGGGUGGUGGUCGGGCGGCGAUGGAGUGGGGCCCGGGCGCAGGCUGGUCACGGGGGGAGGCUGCCGGCGUGGACCGUGGGAAGGCGGGGCUGGGGCUCGGCGGGAGGCCACCCCCGCAGCCGCCCCGGGAUGAGCGCGCCCAGCAGCUGCUGGACGCCGUGGAGCAGCGGCAGCGGCAGCUCCUGGACACCAUCGCCGCCUGCGAGGAGAUGCUGCGGCAGCUUGGCCGCCGGCGUCCGGAGCCGGCUGGUGGCGGGAACGGUUCAGCCAAGUCCGGAGCGCCGCCCCAGCCCGCUGUAUCUGCCAGAGGUGGCCUUCCAAAGGAUGCUGGCGAUGGAGCUGCGGAGCCUUGACCAUUUCCUAGCCGGGCACCCUGACUUCUGUCCCUUUCCAGGGCCGGUGGCUGGACUCUGACCAACUCCCCUCACUAAAGGGGCCAGUCUUCACUGGCAGUUGCUGGUACUUGGCCCUCAGCCUGGGAUGGCAACUUUGCAAGCAGCUGGGUUCACUCCCACAUCGGUCCUGGCUGAAGGCAGUACUGUGUUUGGAAAUGUAGCCAACGAAUACCCAGUCUUGAGUACUCGGAUUCGGGCAGGCCAGCAGUGCUGGCCAGAGUGGUCUGGCCUGCUUUGGGGGUUCCAGGUGGUAUUACUUGUUCAUUUCAUGCUUUGGGGGCUAUCAGCCCCACAAAACACUUCAGCAGAGUCUUGAUUAAAAGGAAACCUGUAGACAAC